UGGCAUUAGCUAACGUGCAAAGUAAAGAAUUUGAAUCUAGACUGGAAUUUCUAAUAUUUUUUGUGUAAUGUACAUACACCAAUUUUUGAUUGCUAUUUGAAGUCGUCCUCAUUUUUAUCGUGUUGAAAAGUAAAAAAAGUUAUGUGAAUGUUAUGGUAGUUACAGAAUUCAUUGAAGUGUAAUAACCAAUGCUUUUUUGUAAGGACGUGAUAGCAUUUAGCAGCUCAUACAAUGUUUAAGUGUGAAUUUCCUGAUGAAGGAGUGGUUCCACCAAAUUUUGAUGAAGGGGUUGACUCUGAUGUCUUAAGUAAUUAUCUUCGAGAGCUGGAUGGAUUCACCGGUUCGCAGAUAGAAAUCUGUCACGAAGCACCAAUGGAUGUACCAUUGGUACAUCAUAACAAUCUAAUACAAUUAGUAAAUCCAGUGGACACAAAUCGAGUCCCAACAUCUCCACAAGGACCACCGGCCAGAACAAAUUUAGAGGGUAUAUUUAAAUUCAAAGCAGAAAUAGACAGUAAACAUACAAAGAGAAAAAAGUAUUUAUAUUCCCAUCGCCUAAACCGUAUCUAUGUGGAUGUGAAUGUGAAUUUCUCAGUGGGCUUUACAUGGGAUGCAAGUAUCUUCCCUGGAGAGGCCUACAUUCGUGCUACAACAGUAUUCUCAGAUGUUACUCAAGCUGAGAAAAGAGUUGAACGAUGUUAUCAGCACUCGCAUGAAACUGCAAAUGCUCCAGGAAAAUCCAGAGCUACAAUAAUGAAUGUUCUCCAUUCUGCUCGGGAGCAUGGUUCCCCUGAUGUCCAUUAUUGUGGUAACCCAGAACAACCAGAUUCUUGGUACUCAGUUCUUGUUCGGACACCUCAACCAACAGAAUUGGCUUAUGUGUUCCUUUGCAAGAGUUCCUGUUCUUCGGGGAUUAAUAGACGCCCUAUAGAAAUUAUCUUCACACUUGAGGAUUUUAAGGGCGAAAUAUAUGGUCGCCAAGUUGUCGGUGCGCGUGUUUGCUCCUGUCCUCGCAGGGACAUAGACCGUGAUGAAGUCGCCGAAGGGCUUCCCAAAACCAAGCGAUCAGCACCGCAACAAGAGACCAGGGCUAAGAAGGUCAAGGUUGAGACUGUUGAAAAAGAUGAUGCAGUUAUUAAAUUGCCAGCAAUUGGAGUGGUUGGUCGCAGAACAGCAAUUCUUGGCCUUGAAGUAAUGCUCAACAUGAUGGAACAGAAAAGAGACGGAUUAAUUGCUAAUAGACUAAGCACAGAUACAACAUCUGUGAUAUAUAAUUUGGACAAAAGUAUUGCAAAUUUAAUAAAACAUAUUAACCAAUUAAAAGGGCAGCAACAAUAGGUUAGGUUGCACUUGGCUUGUAGAAGUAAAUAUUCAUACACUUGGCCAGAAUUUGUUAGACUACCUAAAUAGAACUUAUGUUAGUAAUAAUACUAUAAAUCUCCUUAAUUUGUUAUAUGUUGUCUAUAUUUUAUAAUAGGCAGACUAUUUACAGUAACAAGAUGUUAGUAGUAAUUGAAAUAGUUUUCAGUAUGAGUGUCACCAUGUGCCAUUCUUUUCUUACAUUUGUAAUUUAUACAAAUUUACAUCCGCCUUACUAUAGUAUGUUCUCUUCUUAUGACUUUGUAAAACAUUUAUCAUGUUGUAUAACACAUUCCAGAUUUUGAAUGUUUUAAAUCAGGUACAUUAUUUUUACAAUUUAAUUUCUCAGUUUUAUGUAACCAGUGUUUUAGAUAUAAGUAAAAGUAUAAGUAUUAUUACAUAAGUAAAAUGAAAACACAAAAUGUGUUAGUUUUUUUUAAAGAUUAUUGUAUUUUUAUAUUCCUACUGUGCCUUAGUAAGAGAAAGCUACUUAAGCAACAAAAAAAAAAUUUAAUUAAAUUUUUUGAAUAUGAAUAAUGAUAAGUAUUAUUUAGAUUAUUUACAGGUUCAGGGAUUUAUUAUAUAAAUAAAACGAAUGUUUUAAAUCAAAUAACUUUUUUGGAUAGUUUAAAAUUUACAACAACUUCAAAUGCCCAGUUACUUUAUCAACAACAUUUUUUGGAGCAGGACCUAUACCAAGAACUGUUAUUGAGUUAGGUGCAAUUUGUGUUCUUCCAGCAUCUCUUAUCAUUGAUGUUAUUAUACCCAUUUUCUUCGCAUUAUCA